AUGGCCGCAAACCCGACCUCCGGCGCUGUUGAUCAGCUUGCCAAUGACCUCAACAACACCUCGCUCAACGGCAGCGACUCCAAGGCUCCUGCCAUUGACACCAGCGUGAACCCUGGUGCUGAGGAUCCCGCUGGCCCUACUCCCAGCUCGGCUGCUCCCCACCCCCAGAACUCCGCGUCUCUGUACGUUGGCGAGCUCGACCCCUCCGUCACUGAGGCUAUGCUUUUCGAGCUCUUCUCCCAGAUCGGUGCUGUCGCUUCUAUCCGUGUCUGCCGCGACGCCGUCACCCGUCGCUCUCUCGGCUAUGCCUACGUCAACUACAACUCUACCCCCGAUGGUGAGAAGGCUCUUGAGGAGCUCAACUACACUCUGAUCAAGGGUCGCCCUUGCCGUAUCAUGUGGUCUCAGCGUGACCCCGCCCUUCGCAAGACUGGCCAGGGCAACGUUUUCAUCAAGAACUUGGAUGUUGCUAUUGAUAACAAGGCUCUGCACGACACCUUUGCAGCCUUCGGAAACAUCCUCAGCUGCAAGGUUGCUCAGGAUGAGGCUGGCAACUCCAAGGGUUACGGUUUCGUUCACUACGAGACUGAUGAGGCUGCACAGCAGGCUAUCAAGCACGUUAACGGCAUGCUUCUGAACGAGAAGAAGGUCUAUGUUGGCCCUCACAUUCCCAAGAAGGAUCGCCAGAGCAAGUUUGAGGAGAUGAAGGCCAACUUCACCAACGUGUACGUCAAGAACAUCGCCCCCGAGGUUUCUGACGACGACUUCCGCGUGCUAUUUGAGAAGUUUGGUGAUGUUACAUCUUCUUCUCUGGCUCGUGAUCAGGAAGGAAAGAGCAGGGGUUUCGGUUUCGUGAACUUCACCACUCACGAAGCCGCUGCCAAGGCUGUCGAUGACCUCAACAACAAGGACUUCCGAGGACAAGAUCUUUAUGUUGGACGUGCCCAGAAGAAGCAUGAACGUGAGGAGGAGCUCCGCAAGUCGUACGAGGCUGCUCGCCUCGAGAAGGCCAACAAGUACCAGGGCGUCAACCUGUACAUCAAGAACCUUGAUGAUGAUGUGGAUGAUGAGAAGCUCCGCCAGAUGUUCUCCGAGUUUGGCCCUAUUACCUCCGCCAAGGUCAUGCGUGAUAGCGUCACUGAAGGAAGCGACGAGGAGAAGGAUGGCAAGGACAAGGAGACCAAGGAAGAGGAGAAGGAAGAAGCCAAGGAGGAGACAAAGGAGGCUAAGGAAUCCGAGGAGGACGAGGGUGCCGAGAAGAAGGGUGACAAGAAGGGCGACAAGAAGCUUGGUAAGAGCAAGGGCUUCGGUUUCGUCUGCUUCAGCAACCCAGAUGACGCUACCAAGGCUGUUGCUGAAAUGAACCAGCGCAUGGUCAACGGCAAGCCUUUGUACGUCGCCCUCGCACAGCGCAAGGACGUUCGCAAGAGCCAGCUUGAGGCUAGUAUCCAGGCUCGCAACCAGCUGCGCAUGCAACAGGCCGCUGCUGCCGCUGGCAUGCCCCAGCAGUACAUGCAGCCACCCGUCUUCUACGCUCCUGGACAGCAGCCCGGCUUCAUCCCUCAGCAGGGUGGCCGUGGCCUUCCCUUCCCCCAGCCCGGUAUGGGUCUGCCUCAGCAGGGCGGUCGCCCUGGCCAGUUCCCCGGAUACCCCCAACAGGGUGGCCGUGGCGGUGUUCCUCAGCAGAUUCCUCCCAACAUGUACGGUCUGCCCGGCCAGUUCCCUCCUCAGUACGGACAGCCUGGCACUCCUCAGUUCAUGGCUGCCAUGCAGCAAGUCCAGCAGCAGGCUGCUCUUGCUGGCGGCCGCGGAGGUGUUCCUCAGGGCGGUCGUGGCGGUAUUCCUGGUGGCGUUCCUCCCAACGUUGCUGGUAUCCAGGGCAACUUGCCCGGCUUCCCCCCUAACAACCGACAGGGUGGUGGCCCUGGCCGUGGUGCCAACGCUGGCCGAAACGGUGGCAAUGCCCCGCCCCAGGCCGGCCGUGGUGGCGAUGGGAACCCAAGUGCAUUGCUUCAGGCUCAGCUUGCCGCUGCUCAGCCUGCUCAACAGAAGCAGAUCCUUGGUGAACUGCUGUUCCCCAAGAUCCAGGCCAUCAACGGCGAAUUGGCUGGAAAGAUUACUGGUAUGCUUCUCGAGAUGGACAACAACGAGCUCAUCAACCUCAUCGAGGAUGAUGCCGCUCUGAAGGCUAAGGUUGAUGAGGCCCUGACUGUUUACGACGAGUACGUCAAGUCCCAGGGCCAACCUGCUGCUGAGCCUAAGAAGGAGGAGGAGGCCAAGGCCUAA